AUGACGAUGCUCCUGGACGGAGGCCCGCAGUUCCCCGGGCUGGGAGUGGGCAGCUUCGGCGCGCCGCGCCACCACGAGAUGCCCAACCGCGAGCCGGCGGGCAUGGGGCUGAAUCCCUUCGGGGACUCGCCCCACGCCGCCGCCGCCGCCGCCGCCGCCGCCUUCAAGCUGAGCCCCGCCGCGGCUCACGAUCUGUCUUCGGGCCAGAGCUCCGCGUUCACGCCGCAGGGCUCGGGUUACGCCAACGCCCUGGGCCAUCACCACCACCACCAUCACCACCAUCACCACGCCGGCCAGGUGCCCAGCUACGGCGGUGCAGCCUCCGCCGCCUUCAACUCCACGCGCGACUUUCUGUUCCGCCAGCGCGGCUCCGGGCUCGGCGAGGCGGCCUCGGGUGGCGGGCAGCACGGGCUCUUCGCCGGCUCGGCGAGCAGCCUGCACGCUCCAGCUGGCAUCCCCGAGCCUCCUGGGUACCUGCUCUUCCCCGGGCUGCAUGAGCAGGGCGCCGGGCACCCGUCGCCCACAGGGCACGUGGACAACAACCAGGUCCACCUGGGGCUGCGCGGGGAGCUGUUCGGCCGCGCCGACCCGUACCGCCCGGUGGCCAGUCCGCGCACGGACCCCUACACGGCCGGCGCGCAGUUCCCUAACUACAGCCCCAUGAACAUGAACAUGGGCGUGAACGUGGCGGCCCACCACGGGCCCGGCGCCUUCUUCCGUUAUAUGCGGCAGCCCAUCAAGCAGGAGCUGUCGUGCAAGUGGAUCGACGAGGCUCAGCUGAGCCGGCCCAAGAAGAGCUGCGACCGGACCUUCAGCACCAUGCACGAGCUGGUGACACAUGUCACCAUGGAGCAUGUGGGGGGCCCGGAGCAGAACAACCACGUCUGCUACUGGGAGGAGUGCCCUCGCGAGGGCAAGUCCUUCAAGGCGAAGUACAAACUGGUCAACCACAUUCGAGUGCACACGGGCGAGAAGCCCUUCCCGUGCCCCUUCCCGGGCUGCGGGAAGAUCUUUGCCCGCUCCGAGAACCUCAAGAUCCACAAGAGGACCCACACAGGUGAGAAACCUUUCAAAUGUGAAUUUGAAGGCUGUGACAGACGCUUUGCCAACAGCAGCGACCGCAAGAAGCACAUGCAUGUGCACACCUCGGACAAGCCCUAUAUCUGCAAAGUGUGCGACAAGUCCUACACGCACCCGAGCUCUCUGCGCAAGCACAUGAAGGUUCAUGAAUCUCAAGGGUCAGAUUCCUCCCCUGCUGCCAGUUCAGGCUAUGAAUCUUCCACUCCACCCGCUAUAGCUUCUGCAAACAGUAAAGAUACCACUAAAACCCCUUCUGCAGUUCAAACUAGCACCAGCCACAACCCUGGACUUCCUCCCAAUUUUAACGAAUGGUACGUCUGA